GCAGAAAGGCAGUGGCAGAAACCCUGGCUCUUGUAUCAUGUGGGUAAAUGAUUAACAACCCUCAGCCAAAUCGCGAAAUUCGCCCGUCGAUAUUCUGCGCUCGGUUGCUUCAAAAACAUGUUUGCGCCAAAUGAAGAAACGAUAACAGGGAUUCAGAGAAAGUUGUCAUGUUUGCUGCUUUCCUCUUUGCAAGAAAUAACCGCGAUUCACUAUUUGGGAUAAUUUUAUUGACUUCGAGCAUUGUUGCUGAUGUAACGUGUUCAGCCCCCACUUACUAAAAGAAAAACACGGCCCUCGGUUCAAUCUGUCCAGCGGUGGGCCAUUGCGACUCUUCUUUCGUUAAUUGUCGCCAGAUGCCAAAAGGAGGCGGCGGGAUCGGGAAUUGAGGAUGGAGGCAAAGCUGCUUUGUCCAGAAAACUACAGGUUGGUGAUGAAAUUGUAAACAUCAAUGGCUCCCCACUAUAUGGCUCAAGGCAAGAGGCACUCAUCCUCAUUAAAGGAUCCUACAGGGCAUUGAAGAUGGUGGUGAAACGGAGGAAUGGUCCAGGCAUACGACCUUACACAUGGCACUUAGCCAAGUCAUCAGAGGCACAGCCUGAGGCCGCUAUGAUGCACUAUUCAUCAGGAUGUUUCAGUUUGUCAUGGCACUCAGGAUAUGACACCAGUGACUAUCCUGCACAGUGGGAUCAAUUAGCUCUUCGUCGAAACACAGAUCAGAGGAGUUCAUUUGGAAGUAUGGACAGUCUUGACCAACCCGGUCAAAACUGUGACCAAGGCACAUAUCCUAACAAAAGGGACUCUGCCUACAGCUCUUUUUCUGCAAGUUCUAAUACCUCUGACUAUACUUUGUCAUCGUCAGUGAAGACUGAUGAGUCAGCCUCCAUGGACAGCAUACUACACGGCUUAGGGCCAUGGUUACCAACCAGGUAUGGAGAUGCCCAGUAUCUUCAAAAUGGAAGUGAAGGCAGGGAACGGCCAGUUGAAGAGCAGCCUUGUUCUCACUGUGGAAAAGGAUCAUCUGCAAGUGGCAACACGUUGUCAUCCCAUGCACAUGAAGAUAGUGCUUCAAGUUCUACCAAAUCAGUACCUCCCCCACCGCCAGUUCGCAGAGAAAGUUUUGUGGCAGCCAAAGCUCGCUCUGCAUCCCUGUGCAUGACAAAUUCUGAGGCACUUGCAGCAACAAACCUGCUGCUUCAUUCCGGAAGGUGUGCUUCCGAAACAUUGUUAUCUACAAAAGAUAAAGAUUUUGAAGGACGGUAUUUUGCCAGUGUUCCAAAGUGCUCUGUCGGUACUACCCUGCACUCCCGUAAACCAAUCUCUGGUCAUUGUCCAGUGGAAUGUUGCUGCUUGUUAAGGCAACAACCAAGGCAACAUUGCCAUUCUCAGAGCCAAAGUGAAAAAAAUAUUUCGCAUGAAAAUACAACACUCUCUAGAAAAGCCAGUCGAUAUUUGAUGGAGCAGUUGGACUUAUACAAUUUGAUUGAGCCGUCAUUUGUUACCAGUCACUAUGUAAGCCUGGGUCAAGUGAAGCAGAACGAAAGGUCGCCUUUGAAUUUGCAUAGACACAGUGCACCCGAAAAGUUGUUAACAGCACAAAUGCAUUCGUUACCGAUUGCAGUCUGUGGUAAAAUUGAUUUGAGAUCACAGUGUCAUCAGGAAAGUCAUCAAUGGGCCAAUUGUGCAUCAAAGCCUCAACAGGAACAUCAGUCCAACAUAGAGCAUACUCAUAAAGCUUUAAAUAAAAUUGGUUUUUCAGCAGAAGAGCAGAUGGAAGAGAAUUCCUUGAAUCCUGAAUCCAUACCAAAACAGAAGCAACAAGAAAUUGAAGUAGCCAAUUGUGAUCACUCUAUGGAUACUCAGCUACAUUCUUCCCCUUGCAAGGGCGAGCCGAACAAUGUAAGUUGUAUAAGUGCUUCUCUCCAAACUGCAGCCCAGCAGCAAAACUCGCAUUUGCCUCCAAGACCACCAGAUCAAAUGAGUGAGGGUCGAAGUGGCAAUACUUUGGAAGAUGAGACAGACAUGGAAGAGGCAAAGAAUGAAACUGACAGAAAUACUCGAGUGUGCUGUUCUAGAGUAGCUAGGAUGCGGCGCAAAAGUGACCGUUUUGCCACAAAUUUGCGUAAUGAAAUACAAAUGAAGAAAGCUCAGUUGCAGAAGAACAGGAGUGGAACUGUGCUGUUACAAAUGGAAGAAGCUUCAGAAGAAAUGGAUGACUUGAGAGAGAAGCCAUCCAAUUCCUAUACAUGUAUUGCUGGUGAGUCUGAUUACGGUGGCUCAGCAGAAAAAGUUACAGACACAAAAUCGCAGACCACAAAUCCUAAUAAAACUGUGGACAAUUUGGAAGAGGUUCAUAAAACAGGAAGUAUGUAUUUGUGUCCAUUGACUGAAAACUCCCGUAUUCCACAAAGCAGAUGCAAAACAAGUUCAUUAUCCCAAGAUAUUGAGGAGCAGAAGACUGUGCAAGAAGUGAUUGGAACUGGCCAGUGUAGAUGGACGCCAGAUGAUGGAUGGGAGUCGCAAAGUAAGGCAGUAAAGGACGUCAGCGUUGAUGAGACAAAAACUUGUGUGGCAGCAGUGUCACAGGAACCAGAUACAUCUCCACUUGUGUCCUUUGCAGAGAGAAGAAAAUUCUUUGAAGAGACUAGUAAAAAUUUUUCUGCCGCUGAUUCUUACAAUUUUGUGAAACCUCAAAGCAAAUCAAAUACUUUAGGAAAAUCUAAAGGGCAGAGUUUUUGCAACAAAUUACAUGCGCUCCCAAAUGAUCACCUGAGACAAUCUGCGAAGGAAGUGUUCCAACAUCCCUCCUGUAGAGUCAGUCAAGAUUCUGGGCAAGAUCCCGUAUGUUCACCUAGAAAUCUGGAGCAAUCAAUUCACCAUGGACAAGAAAAGAAGUUGUAUGAGCAGGAAUGUGAACAUUUAGAACCCCUCAAACUGAGUAAAUCAAGCACUUUGAAAGACCAUCGUAUUUCUCAUGUUCAGCAGGUGCAACAUUCUGAUCUAACUCCAACACUGCAUUAUCAGUAUUUCCUUCCAGAUAACAGUCACCUGGAAGAUCCUCAUCCCACCCUAAGGUCCAACCAGUCGCAACCUUCUUUUCCUGAGGGAUAUCCGGUGGAAAAACUAAAUCAGACUGAAAUAAUAAACAGGAAGUUUACUGCAACAGAAAGAGAGAUGAAGAAUCUGAGUAUUGGUAACUUGCAAGAAAUAUUUUUUGAAAUGAAUUCAAAAGAAAGCAUCAAGGACGAGCAGGAGAAUCCAGAACUAGAAAUGUCUGCUUGGGAGAGGCCCAGCAAAGCCGCUACACUGCCAGAGAAUUUCUCUGAGUAUAGCCCUGCGUACCCACAGAGGGAAGUGGUUGCAUACACAUGUUGCACAGGCCAUAUUAGUUGUGAAUCACUGGAUACAUUGAAUAAGUUUGAAGAAGGGAAGUUUGCUCCACGUGAUUCAGAGAUGAAUAGACGUGAAGAUUUAACCAGCAACAAACUGACAAAAAGGCCCCCACCGCAAAGACCACCACCACCAGAUUUGCAAAAAUAUCGAUUGCAGAAACUGUCCCAGCACGAGCUGGCAGAUUUGGAGAAGUGCCAGUCCCGCAAACAGUCUCAGCACGAGCUGGCGGAUUUGGAGAGGUACCAGUCUUGGAAACUGUCCCAGCACGAGCUGGCGGAUUUGGAGAAGUGCCAGUCCCGGAAACAGUCCCAGCACGAGCUGGCGGAUUUGGAGAGGUACCAGUCCCGGAAACUAACACAACAGGAAAAGAUAGCAGAUGUAGAUAAUUACCAGACCUGGAAACCAUCUCCAAAUCAAGUACAAGAAUUACCCAAAUACCACCUUCGGAAGCUGUCUCUACAUGAGUUACCAGAUUUAGAAACCUACCAGACCCGGAAAUUAUCAUUACACGAUUUUCCAGAUUUGGAAAAAUACCAGUCCUGGAAUCGGUCUCGAGAUGAAUUGCCAGAUUUGGAUAAAUAUUGGUCACGGAGGGGUUCUCAUUGUGAAUUAGAUCCUGCAUUGAUUUCACAUCCCACAUCAAUUAAUUGGAAAAGGCCAGAACAUAUUUGUGACAGAGAGACAUUGGGUUAUUCAGAUCUUUCUUCAAGACCUGGGUCUGCCAUGGACAAUACGACAUUGUAUUCUCAUCCAUCACAAUUGGGUGCGGACUACAUAACGAGUCUUGAGUACAGGUAUCCAAGAUCAGAUUUCAAUGAUCCAAGAUGCUUAGUGUCCGCCUCAGCUGUUCCAGUUCCAGGUGAACAUUUGAUCCCGUCCCUAUAUAGCUAUAAGUCACAGAGGCCAAUGAUGAAAUUGGUAACAUCCCAGGAGAGUGAUGCUGCAUCAAGAACUCAAAAAUUCAUAUCUCCAAUGGGUGAGAUGAUAUCCAGAGGCGGUAGAAACUGGCCCUUUAAAGGACUGUACUUCCCACACAACAUGCCGUCUUCAAAGAAUGAAAUGGAUCUGGGCUGUCAGAGAUGUGGAGAGUCAUACUUCGGUGUUGUCAACAGACAAGAUGAGAGGUGGGAAGAUUCUGAGAUUUACAUAAAACCUAUCACCAUACCGCUAAGCAACACCAUUAAAAGUCCUUCUCAAGAACCCAGUGAGGGAAUUGAGACUGUGAGAUGCAGUUCAAGUGCUCAGAGCAGACCACCUGCCGAGCUAACUUCAGAGGAGCUGGUGCGGGAUAUUGCAGAAAAAGACCGAUCUCUGGCAGACAUUUUGGAUCCAAACUCGAAGAUGAAGAGUGCUGUAGGCUUGAUGGGUGGAAUCUUCCCAGAAAGCAAAGAGGAACUGUCACGGGCACGUGAGCACAAGAAACGGAAUCGACCACAGCUGUGUCUGAAUGUUGACCAGGAGAAGUGUACUGCACAGGCCACGUCCCCAACAGCGAUCAUUAGCUCAACUUCUUGCUCUGCCUAUUAUAGCACAUCUGCUGCCAAGGCCGAGCUGUUGAACAAAAUGAAGGACUUUCCAAACAUGGCUGAAGAGUGUUUGGAGGAGGAGGAAGAAGAGAACAAGUUGAUAGAAAAGAAGCAACAACUGAUUAGCAGCCUUAGCAGGAAACUCUCUGUGUUGCAUGAAGCCCAGAAGAGCCUCUUGGAAGACAUCAGUGCAAACACUGCAUUGGGGGAAGAUGCUGAAAGAUUGGUCAAGAAUGUCUGCAAACCAAAUGAGUUUGAUAAGUACCGAAUGUUCAUCGGGGAUUUGGAUAAAGUUGUGAACCUGUUGCUGUCUCUCUCGGGCCGACUUGCUCGAGUGGAAAAUGCUUUAAAUAACCUGGAUGUUGACACGAGCGAAGAAGAAAAGCAUGUGUUGACUGAAAAGAAAAAGCAACUUUUAGCUCAGCUGGAAGAGGCCAAAGAGCUGAAGGAACAUGUGGAUCGCAGGGAACAUGCUGUUCAUAAUAUCCUAGUCAAGCACCUGUCAGAGGAGGAGCUGCAGGAUUACACUCACUUUGUAAAGAUGAAAUCUGCCCUCAUCAUUGAACAGAGGGAGCUGGAGGACAAAAUCAAACUUGGCGAGGAGCAGCUGAAGUGUCUGAGGGAGAGUUUAUCCUUCCGAGCAUGCUAAAACAGCAACAUUGAAAUGCAGAACACUUUAAAGUUAAAGUUUUUGGUCUAAAUCAUUAAACUGAAAUGCUUCAAAAUUUAACAAUGAAUCCUUUAUCAAAUGUGUUCAUAUUCAAUGGUUUUUAAAUCUGUAUAUGUCCCCUAUUUGUUACAAACUAUUAGAAUUAUGAAUAUUACUCAUGCUUAUCCUACUAACUGACAUUCUUCAGUGAAACCUGCUUAUGUGAAAGUAGGGGAGUAUUAGCCCAAUUGGUAAGGACAACCACUGGAGUAGCAGGUUAUAGAAUCAGGAAGGCUCCAAGUUGCAUCAUCCACAUAUUGGAUUGUCUGAUUUUAGUUGAGUGUAUCUUAAGUUUCCCAAAUGGUCUCUAGUUUCAGAGCUGGAAAAUAAUGUUAGUUCUGGUUUUAUCCAAUAACUUGCUGGAAAAUGCAGAUGUUGGCUGAGAAAAUUUUGGGCUUUGCUAUGUAACUGCUUAAUUGAUAACAAUCUGCUGAUACUUGAUGUCUAAGAUCAUGAUGAAAGAUGUUUAAUUGAGCAAGGUACUGGAGGGUUGCCAGUCCAAGUUUAAUCUUACUUUCGUAAGUAUUGGUCUGUUGAGCAGAGGAUAAUGAGGGUAUAAAAGAAGAAUUUUGAGAUUAAAUAAAUAGCAUGAUUUCAGGAUUUGCAACAGCUGAUUUUUUUUUUUGCCGAUGCAUUUUCUUGAAUUGAACUGUACCCUGUACAAAAGAAACCAGUCAGAAUCAGCCUCUCCCUCCCCCCAUGAAAUUCUUUCUUUCUCAAUUGGUGCUGUCAUUGUAAAAUAAAGUUGUAACUAAUUGAUUUCUUUUUUAAAAAAUUCCAUUUUGUUUUAAAGUUAUGUUUCACUUAAAUCCUGCUUCAGGGCAUUCUACCUUAUUGAUGUAUGGGUCACCAAACAUAUCCUUGACAAAAACAGCAUAGAAAUGGCUACCUUAAAAAGUAAUUGUCAUUUGUACUUUUAUUUCAAUCAUGGGUAAGCAACAGACCAAUGGCUAAUUUAUUUAAUGUGAUUUUUAAUAAUAUUGAAAUCACUUUUUGGUGGACGGUUUCUGCCACUUUGCAGACAAAAUAAUCCUGAAGAAACCACAAGUUAUUUUACAUGAAGUUCAAGCAAUUAGGUGAUUUUUGCUUUCAUAAACCGUAUUCUUUUCCAUGCAUAUAAAUAUUGCCCAAAAGUUUCUGUUGCUGUACAAAAGCAAUAGGGUGCCAUUCAAAUGUGUAACUCUUAAAUAAAAAUGCAUUAGUUCCCUCUGAUGGCUCAUCAGUAAAUAUACUACUCAGUGUAUAAGUGACAACGGAGGCCAGAAGAGUUUAAGUUUUGAUCCUUGGUCUGUUCUAAGGUAACUUGCCUUAGCUGGGAUGGGAUAGAAAAUUAGCCACAGUUGCAGCACCUGAGAACUAUUCAGCAACGUUUAUGGAGAAAUGUGAAUGCAGAUGUUGGCUAAGGACGGGAUUAGCUUCCAUGGUAAAAUAGUCUCUCUUUACUGAACAUGUGCCCACCGUCCAACCAUGGCCAUUUUGUCAAGAUACUAUAAGUUAGUUCGCAGCCAUAUUGUCAGGAAAUGGGAGGAAGGCAAAGCUCCUUGCUGAUGGUCACUUCUACAAUAAGUUAAAAUUGCAAUUGAACUAUCAGUUAAUUUCAGACAAAAUAAUCUGCUUGAUUCAAUCAGCAAAUUAGUCCUAAUUUCAGAAUUCAGUGUUGUACUUAAAUUGCAGAAAAGAAUUGUUAAGUGACAAUAGUGUACUCCAAGUCUUUGUGACGUCUGUAUAUAAUAGAAUAUAGUGUGCUUGUGACAUCCAGUGGCAAAUAUCAGUAUUACAAUAAUUUUUUCAUUCCAAUAUCAGCUGAUCCAUUGAAAAUGGUUUCAGUUCUCUCUGUAAAUGAUUACUUGGAGCAGAAACAACCUAUUGCACAGGUUGAUUUGUGGAUUGAUUGAUCAUUUGUCUUCAUCAUUAUCGAUACCAUCUAACUGGCAACUAUUUUUGUCACCAGAAACGGUGGUUGUGAUAAAUUUUUAAAAAAUAAGAAUUGCACACUAAUGGCCGCUAACACUCAAGUAAGAAUGAAGUGGUGACAUAUUCCUAGUAGUUGUGUUAAAAUAAUGAAGGAAUAUUAAAACCUCCAUUGGAUAAUGGGAGGUUUGAAUGAUUGUUGUGCCAUUUAUGUUACAUUUUGCACAGACUGUAACUACUUUUGUUUCGUGUAGACUUAUAUGGGAAGGAGGAAUUUUUCAGUGUUUCUCAUGUUGUUAGUCUGAAGCUUUUAUUCAAAAACUGGAAUAAUUGAAUUUCUGCCAAAAGGAAUUACAAGGCUGCUUUUAUUAUUUUGUACUGCAAUUUACUGUAUUUCAUCAGACCUUCAAUUAAGGUACCUCAAUCAGUAUUCAGUGCAUGGGAAAGGUUUUUGCUGGAUAUAUGUAGAACUGGUGUUUUGAGAAUUACCUUUGAAGUUGGAGGUGAAUGAUUGAGGCACAGUGUGCAAAUGGAGAGGUUUAAUGUCUGGGAAACUUUAAAUUACUUGGCAUGAUUUAUAACUUUUAAAAAUAUUCUUAUUUCCCAGCUGCAUUUUAGCAGAUUAAAGGUGACAUUGCUAGGCACCUAAGUCAUUGGGAAGGGGUUAGACAGAUGCCUGGAAGGUUAGAGGGGUGUGGUGCAAUAGAGCAGUAUGGCCAAUUGCCAUAAUGGGUGAAGGGGAGGUUGGACAGAUCACUGGGGAGGGUUAAACAGACUGUAGUGAAUGUCCAACAGAUCAUGGAGCAGGUUUGCUUAUUGAGCUGGCAGAAGACACUCUUGCUUCUGUUCUGUAGGUAUGGUGUACCUGAUGAAUCCAUUUCUUCACACCUCCCUCAAACCUGGGAAAUGUGACACGCUGGUCUUAGAAACAAACCUUUUGUUAAAAUGGAGGCUUGUGGUCUCUUUAAAAUAUUUUGCAUUUUGUAAAAUUCCAAACUUCCCACUCACAUCCUCUUCCAUCUCCUGAAAGCAAUUUGAUUGCAUGGUUUCCAAUCUGUCACACAUUUAACUACAAUUGGGGUGGUUGUGAUAAAAUUUCCCAAAUUUCAUUUUACUCUCCCCUCAUGUCACUCCCAUCACCCUCCUCAUCACCUUGGGUAACUCGAAUCACAUUUCUAUAGGUCUUUGAUUGUGAAAUUACAGCACAUGAACACUUAAAUUGUAUGAUGUUCUUCCAUUCAUUAUUUUUCUUCAGAGACACUAUUUAUUUUCAGUAUUUACGUUUUUAACUUAGUUUGACUUCUGGCUCUGUAUGCUUUACAAAUAUUCCAGAGGACAAAAAUAAUUAUAAAACUAAGCUAACAGCACUGAUUUGAUUUCAGAGUUCAGCUUUGAAAUCACUGGCAAUAAUGCUUUGAACCUUGCAGUAUAAUAUUCUUCUAUCUGCUGUUCUAAUCAGGAUUUAACCUGUUUAUUUUAAAUCUUUGCUAAAAUAUCGGAUAGAAGAGCACCAUACAAACAUGUCAUCUUGUUUCAUUUUCCAGAUAAUCAUUGAAACAGUGAUAUACGGUUGAAUCUUUCAUUAGAAUGUUGUUUUGAUGUGGGAGUUGAUUUAUCAAAUCUAAUGAAGGCUUGCCUUAACUUACAAUUGGAACCACCUUUCCCACCACUCUUCCUGCUCUGCAAUCUGUUUGUGACUGCUCGUGUCUUUACUCAUAGGCAGUAAGGAGAGAUAUUGGCAUGUAGAAACAGUUUCUGAUCUAACUAUAAGAAGAUUUUUUUUGGACAUCAGAAGCAAAUAGUUGUAACACAACUUUUUUUCCAGAAAAUGAAUACACAAUGUACCAUUCCAAUAUGUUGUUACUACCUAUAUUCUGGGGGAGGAAGUAAUCCUCAAAUGUCAUCAAUUAAUGGUAAUAUGCAGUAACUUCACAAUUACUGAUUCAACAAUGACCUGAAAUUUUUGGGAAUUUUUUACGCAAUUGCACGUAACUAUAUAUUUUUUGAUUCCCACAUUAUUUUUACUGUUAUUGAUAUUUGUUUCAUUUUUAAUCAGAAUAACAUUCUAUCUCUUCUAGCUAGAUCAUUAAAGAAACAUUUGUUUUAAAACUCUUAGGUUAUCGUUUUAGGUUGUUUGAUAUUCAUUAUCCAUUUUGGAUAUAAGAUCUAGUUUCAUAAAAAUUAAUCUGAGAUUGCAUAUUAACCUGAAAGACUUUGAAUGCUAGAAACAUAAUGAAUUAGUAGUCAUGUCAUCAAUGUAACCAGCUAAGUUGACAAACUGCUGCAUUGGCAGUGGGAUCAGACCCCAAAAGAGCUUGAUAUUGCCUAUAUACCAAAAUUUAGAGGAGCAAGAUUUAUAACCAGAAUUUUCCAUUUUUAUACUUUAUUUUUUUGUGCAUUGAAGAAGAUAUGCAGAUAGUUUUAUGCAGGCAAGCACAGAAAUGGAAAUAUUGACUGCACUGUUUUCUUAGUCAAAUUAUGUUUAAAGUUGUUGUUCCUCAUGUGACACAUACCUAACUUAGAUGUUCAAAUCUACAGCCUACCCAUUACAGCUCUACCAUAAUUCAAUAGGUUUAGCAGCUUAACUAACGGAUGGAUCUCUGCAGUUUAGCACUCCCUCAAUUCCCAAAGUCCUAAUUCACAGUUCUGUCUUUAGUAUGAAAGCUGCCAGUUAGUAUGACUUGCAGCACUCUACUGCUGAGCAGAAUGUGAUUUGCAAUUAUUCUUUUACCUAAUCUUUCCCGUAAGUUCAUCCCUCUAUUAAACAUGUUGUGUAGUGAUAUUGGGGUGAGAAGGGUUGAUGAGGAUGGUUGGAUAGGUCUAAGAAAUACUAUAAGAAUCCUUGGAAGGUAUUGAUUUGCACAAUCAAAAUGAAGUCUUCACUCUCUCCAUGUACUUGAAACAGGAAUUGAUAAAAUAACUGGCUCAAGAUGUUGGCAGUUAAUUUAAUCUUUUCCAAAAACAUAGAGUAUGAGCACCUUCUUUGACUUAACUUUGUAUUUGUGCAAAAGACUCCCCUCAUCUCCACCUUAAUUAGAACCAAUUAUUCUCAGGUUGUCUCCAAGCCUUCCAUUUUGAAACAAAGUGUUUCUCCACUGUGCUUCACUUCCCAAUACCACCUUACUACCCUUCAAGUAUGUGUUACUCCUUUGAAUGCCUUAUGUUCUGAAAAAAUGGAGCCAGCUACUGAGAGUGUUGGCCAGCUACUUGAUUCUGUUGGACAGGGUUUGUGGGGACCAGACUUGUGGGAUAUGGAUUCACAUUAUUGUUUCCUAAUAUGAAGUACAGCUGUAGGGUGGUGUAGAGCAGAGAACUUAUUCUUACAGGUAUUAGAAAAAGAACAAGAUGGUAAAAGUUAUAGGAAGAUUUCACAAGUGAGCUGAGCUGGAGCGGUCCACAUUGCCCAUAUGUGGGUGGAGAAGAAGAAGAGAAGCAAAAAGUAAAAUUUGCAAGAAAUAUUUAGUGGGGUGAAAGUUGCCAAAGCAUGAGUUGUUAAAGCCAUUAUUCUGAAGUACAAAUUUUAGAACAUUUCUCAAUGUUCUGAAUGACAUAAGAUAACUGAACUACUCAAAACUUCUAAUACUCUGUAUUGACAAGGAGGUAAUGCCUUACAUGUGUUCCUAUUGUGCAGCACUGAAUCAUGAAGCUUAAUCUUCAAACAAAACCAAAGUAAAUGAAGACUUUACCAAAUUAAAGCUGUGAAUAGCACAGCAUCCAGCAGGAGAGUGCACUGCAAUGAUUUUGGCACCUACUAGAAAAUUGUAGACAUUUAAUUGAAAAAUAUAUAGGAACUGUGAAUAAUUUAUUUUUUUAUUGUACAUAACAGAACCCAAAUUGAUUACUGAUUAAUGUUUGGAUAUUUUUUAUUCCUAACAUUUUCUUUAUUUAGUUUUGAAACGCAAAAACAAAAACUUUAGAUGUUGAAAUUCUGGUGAUAAAAUAGUACAUUGUUAGGUGAUGUUCACAACUUUCAAUAUACAUAAGUCUGCUUCCUGAUUAGAGACUACAAGACUCUGCCUCUGCCAUAAACAGGUAAUUGUAAAUUCACAAAGGUCAAAUGUAAUUCAAAUUGAUUUAAUCUUAGUAUGAUAUUUAGCUUAAAGAUAUUCACAUGCACUUGUAAUAUCUCCUACUUUACAGAAGCAUUUGAUUAAACUGCUUUGAAUAUA